AUGUGUAAAAGAAAUGCUGAAAAUCGGAAGAAGCAAACAGUUCCACACACCGGUAGCUCCAAACCUAAUUCUAGAAGAAGGGCUGAAAUGAUGGCUGAGACAGGAAGUAAGCCUGGACGAGCACAACUUUAUCUUGCUACACAUACGAAAAAAGAUGGAUCAUAUGUAAAUGAGGAGGCAAAAGAAAUAUGUGAAAAAAUUGAGCUAGCCGUGAGUGAAAGUACGGUGGAUGAGUCUGAAAUUUCUCCAAAUGAUGUUGUUGGUAAGGUGCUAGGCAAAGAGCAUCCUGGAAGGGUGAGAUGUUUGGGAUUAGGAGCUACUCCAAGCAAUACUUUCAAAGAGACAAAUCUUCGUCUUGGUAAUAUUAGAAUUGUGAGUAAUAAUGUUGGAUGUUCUUCUUCUGGAUGCCAAGAGAAGUACAAUCAAUUGAUGAGUACUCUCAAAGAAUAUAUGAUAAUGAAGGAAGGUUCAAUACCAGAACAAUUUGCUGGGAUCUUUGCUUCUUCUCCUACAACGCCAAGUGAUGCAGCUAGUGGACCCGUUUCACCGACGGAUGCAAGAAGAUCUUCUGGCGGAAGUAAUCCCAGUGACAACCAUUGAGUUUCAUUUUAAUUGAAGUGGAUGUAUUAGGACA